AUGUGGAUAUUUGGCUAUGGUUCGAUUGUUUGGAAACCAGAUUUUCGAUAUAUUAAUCGAAUGGAAGGACAUGUAAAAGGUUUUAUUCGACGUUUUUGGCAAUUAUCAGAAGAUCAUCGUGGUUUACCAGGAAAACCAGGACGAGUGGUAACAUUGAUAUCAACAGGAAAUCCGUUAGACUGUGUUUAUGGUGCUGCGUACGAAAUCUCAAAUGAAGAUGAAGCAAGUGUGCGUCAUGUACUUGAUGUACGUGAAAAAGAUGGUUAUACAAUUAUUGAAACUUCAUUUUAUCCUAAUGAUAAUGAUCAAAAAGAAAGAAAUUGUUAUACUUAUAUGGCUCAACAGGAUAAUCCAUUUUGGGGUGGUGAUGCACCAAUAGAUCAGAUUGCUAAACAGAUUGCUGAAGCACAUGGACCUAGUGGAUCUAAUCGUGAAUAUUUAUUUAAAUUAGCAGAUGCUAUACGAUUAUUAACAUCGGUAAAUGAUGAACAUCUAUUUACACUUGAUCAACUUGUCAAGGAAAUUUUAACUAAAGAUGAACAAAAUAUUAUUAGUAUAUAA